AUGGAGCAGCUCGCAGCGGAUCCUUGUUCUUCCACUUCCUCUGCCUCUGUCUCUGUCUCUGUCUCUGCCUCUGUCUCUGCCUCUGUCUCUGCCUCUGCCUCUGCCUCUGCCUCUGCCUCUGCCUCUGCCUCUGCCUCUGCCUCUGCCUCUUCCUCCUCCUCUUCCUCCUCCUCUCCCCCUCCCCCUCCCCCUUUCUUCCUGAUCCCUCCUCGCAGCCUGUCCCUCCACCUCCUCACCAUGUAUCGCCAUGAAGUGUACUUCAUGUAUCCGUUCUUCAACAUGUCCAUAUUCGAGGAGGCCUUGCGUCGGCUCUUUACCGUUUCCCCAAUUCCCGGGGUUGUCCCUGCGGAUUUUGGUCUCGGCUGCUCAGAGGAGGCGGAUGGCACAACGCCCGUCUUUCAGUGCGCACUCUUCGUGAUGCUCUGCCACGCAGUCUCCUUCCUGGACCUAGACCAAGAGGACAAGGCAGUUGUUUCCCGCGUCUUCUGGAAAUGUGCAAAGCGUUUCAUGACGCCAGAGCUCCUCAACAAGGGCAGCUUGGCAGCCGUGCAGACGUUUCUCAUCAUGGCGAUAGCCGUCAACAGCGCCCUCCUCCCAGGAGACCUGAGCAAGAUACCUGCUGCGUUGGCAUUCCGCAUUGCGCAAAGCUUGGGUAUUGAUAGCGGGCACGACCAGAUUCCAAUCGCCGCAGCCAGCCCACUUCAUGACACCCACAGGCAGGCCUGUUUCUCAAAGACCAAAAGAUCCAACUUGACCUUGAACUCCAACAACUUCGAGGUUCCGUUAUCCCAACAUGGGUCUGCACCCAGCAGCGUCGACUUCAGCUUCUUCAUCGACUGCGUCGCCCACACUGAACAGUUGGAGAAGUUACUGGCCGCCAUACGUCGAGCGCGCGAGCCCGUCUUGAAGACAGGCGCAAGAGAUGGCUACAACCGGUUCGACGACAUCGUAGCAGAGCUGCGCAGUGAUCUCGACCAAUUCACCGCGACACUCCCUGAAGCACUCCGAUGGGGCGUCUCGGGCCUGCCCAGCGAGCGUGUUUCCCUCGUCGGCCGUGAGUCGCAAAGGAUCUUUUCCAAUGCCAGGUUCAUGCACUUGCGAGCCAUGCUCUUUCGUCCGAUCCUCAUGCAGAUAGGCCUGAACGACUGCCUCGUGUCUGAUGUUUCGGCUGACAACAUCGACCCUCGCGUCAAGGGAAAGACCCUCAUGUGUGCCAUCAAUUGUGUCAACACUGCUGUCAACCUCAUCCUUCACAUGUACCAGAAGUACCUGCUCGAUGUCAAGAUCAACAGAGAAUGGUGGUGGGAUCCAUACCAUACGAGCACUGCAGGGCUCAUCCUCGUCAUGGCUCAAACCUCGGAGUUACUGUGGGCAAGCAUCCAGGUGGGUGAAGUCAAGAGGGCUUGGGCAGCUUGUCAGGAUAUGCUCGGCUACGGCGCCACGAGCAAUUAUUUCCACCGGGAUGCCCUCACGUAUCUGUGGGAUCUGAAUAGCGGCAUCUCGGGCUGCCACGUGCUUGAGAACAAUCACGAUGCCCUGCCGCGUAAGGAAAAGGGCCCUCAGCCCGUGAGCUGGAGUUUUUAUCGGACGCCUUAUAACCAGUUUUUGAAUCCUUGCUCGCCGUUUCUGAGCAACAGCAUGGGUCAACGCCAGGGCAACUCUGACGGCAAAGUCAUCCCCACGCCGUCGAGGCCGGGCCCGAGUAGAGUUGCAUACUCAGCUUCCUCGGGCUCCGGCUCCAGUCACAGCUCCUUCAACGUCUCCUACAGUUGUUUAUCCGACGACCACCGGUUCAAGGUCCAAAUCGACAAGGUCUCAACAACGGUCGACAACGUCUAA